GUAGAACGAAACGACAGCGAUCUCAAAAUUACAACUUAUUUCAGCAUCUUUUACAAUGGAUUCGUCUGAUAAAAGAGAUGGUGCGACGCAGAUUCUUACGCCCAUGCCUGAGAUUUUUCAAGUGAAAGUUCUUUCCUUGACGGGGCAGAAAUUUCGUAUCAAUGUUUGCACAAGAGAUCCUGUUUUGGCGAUUCUGGAUACAUUGGGCAAGUUUUUGGGCGUUUCCACCGAGCGAUUACAGUUGGUGCUCGUAAAGAAUUCGUAUAUCCCGCUCAAUAAUCUGGAGCGGUUAGUGAUUUCUUAUGGUAUUCGCGAAGGUGAUACACUACGCUUGCAACCGGCGAGAAUUAAAAGCGGCCCCCUCAAUU